GUCAAGGAGACCGGUGCGCAGACGACAACAAUCGCACAGAACGACGAGCGGUGUUAUGGAUAUUCACUUGUGAUCUGUGGAAUACGCGUGGAAACGUCCUCGUUCCGAACUUUGGCAGCAAAGCAAAUUUCUGGUCGCUUUCUUGGACUUGGAUCAGAUAUCUGCAUGUUUGAAUCGAUGCUCUGCAAUGGAACCCUGGCCUACAGUGGCCUGGGUGAUAAUCCUGAUGGUCAUCGCUAACUGGAUGAAAACUGCACAUACAAGGGACUUUACUGAAAAUGACAUUAUCUUCCUUCACCCAUCAACCACUCCAUACCCUGGCGGAUUCAAAUGCUUUACUUGUGAGGAUGCACCAGACAACUAUGAGUGCAACCGCUGGGCACCGGAUCUAUAUUGCCCGAAAGAUGCAAGAUAUUGCUUCACACAGCACAGGAUAAAUCUGGAUGGCAACACCGUGGCUGUGACAAAGCGUUGUGUGGCCCUCAGUGACUGUCUUUCGACUGGAUGCACUGACGUUGACCAUGAAGGACACAGGACGUGCACCGCUUGCUGUGAGGGGAACAUCUGUAACCUGCCAAUUCCCCGAAAUGAGUCAGAUGCCGUCUUUGCCACCACAUCCCCCCUCAGUGGCGCCCCGCGUCCCCCGACGAGCCACCCGCUCCUCACCAUCACCACCCUCAUGCUCACACUGCUCUUCUUCAGCCAUGUUUGAGCGAUGGAAGGAGAAGCCAUGACUGACUUUCUUUUUCUUUUUGGUUUGAACUGUAGAGGCAGCAUGUUGUAGAAAGGGCUGAACUUUUUUUUUUUUUAAGUCAACAUGCCGUAGUAAAAAAGCACUCGCUCUUAAACAAAGCAUGGAAUGGUAGUGAAAGUUGUUGUUGUUAUCAUUGCUUUAAACUUACCUCUUACCAAUGAAGUGUUAUGAUUCUUUUUAACUCUGACCAUUUUCCUUUUCAAACUGAACACCUUUUCAGACUACACGUCAUGUAGUCUUUUUUGUAGUACUCAGUAGAACGUAGCUUCUUUUCCCUGCUCCUGUUCAUCUGUAUAGUGACAGGGGUUAAACUGAUGCCCUUCACAUUUUCCUCAGCAUGUAUGGACCUGCCUGUGGGGAUGGUGC